AUGGUCUCCGACAUGGGAAAAAAGGACGAAGAAAGUCCACCUCGAGGGCAUUCACUGCACUUCGCCGUUAACGAUGUUCCUGACCUGGGCAAUUUGAUUUUGUUUGGAUUUCAGCAAAUGAUGCUGUGCAUUUCCGGACUUCUUAUAGUCCCCUUCCUUCAAUCCAAUCUUGUGUGCGCUGGUUCUGCAACAAUUGAGCUGAGAGUUCGUCUGAUAGCAGCCUCGUUCUUUACGUCUGGAAUAGCCACAAUUCUGCAAACUACAUUUGGAAUGAGGUUGUGCAUUCUCCACGGGCCAUCAUUUUCGUUUCUUCCUCCGUUAUUCGCAUUUGCGGCUAUGCCACAAAAUCGUUGCUUAGCGAACUCUUCCACGUAUGUACCAGAGUCUGAAUGGAUGCCGAAGAUUCUGACGAUUCAAGGAAGCCUACUAAUAUCUUUACUCACAUUCAUAAUUAUGGGAGGAAGUGGUUUAGUUGGAGUCUUUGCCAAGUUGGUUGGACCCAUAACUGUUACACCGCUCCUGUUAAUGCUGACGCUUGGUGUAAUUCCAACACUGCAUGAGAAGAUGAGCUUACAUUGGAUUUCAGUGGUAGUUUUCUGCAUCCUCAUUGCGAUGGGCACCUUUCUUGAAAACGUUUGCGUACCAUUUCCUUAUUAUUCGUUUGCAAAACGUUCUGUGCGAAUAGCGAGGGUUCGCAUUUUUGGACAAUUUCCUUACCUGAUAUCAAUCACUGUGGCAUGGUUAAUAUGCUUUCUGCUCACUAUUACCGACUUAGAACCGGAAGAAGGAGAAGCGAGGACAGAUAAGAACAGCACAGUUGUAGUUUUACAACAGUCUCCAUAUUUCCAGAUACCUUAUCCUGGCUCUGAGGAAGGCGGUAACGCGGAAACAUUAGCUGUUAAUAAAGACCAAUAUUGGAUGCAUAUACUGCUAGAAAUACCAAGCACAAGACGCCUGUGGAAAUCAUCGUCCGAUGAUAACCAGCGCAACAGGAUUAGCGAUAAAAAAGUGGCAGCACAGCUCGAUAUUGCCAUGCCCAUAGCUGAAUCAAAAUUUUAUUCAGGGCAAUUUGGUUUCCCACAAUUUUCUCUCGGCCUCGCGCUGGGCUUUGUAGCAUCAUGUAUCGCUUGUUUAAUGGAAAGUAUUGGCGACUAUCAAACAUGUGCAAGGAUCUCUCAUCAACGUCAUCCUCCUUCUUCUUCUGUGAAUCGCGCAAUCAUUUUUGAAGGAAUCGGAAGCAUUUUGGCUGCUGUCAUGGGCCUUGGAACAGGUGUGACUACAUAUGCUGAAAAUAUCGCAUUGAUGCAUAUCACAAGGGUUGUGAGUCGCUCUACAAUGCAAGUGGCCGGUGUAUUGCUUAUUCUAGUUGGUAUUUUUACAAAAUGUGCUGCUCUCCUAGCUUCCAUACCAGAUGCUGUUGUUGGUGGUGUACUAGCAAUGGGCAUGACAAUGAUAACUGGAGUCGCCAUCAAUAAUCUGCAGAAUGUAGACCUACGAUUGUCCCGCAAUGUCACUAUUAUGGGUACAGCUAUACUUCUGGGUGCGGUGAUUCCAUACCAUUUCGAAAGAAAUCGUAUUCAUACAGGUAUUGACAGCAUCGACGACAGUUUGAACAUGUUGCUGAGCAUUCGUAUGCUUGUUUCUGGCCUCGUUGCUUUCCUGCUGGACAACACUGUUCCAGGAGCAACAAGGGAACAGAGAGGUUUUGCACCUAAAGAUGUAGACGACAAGAGUUCAGCCGAAGAUGAUGGUUACGCACUUCCACUUGUUAUACAAAAGUUCUUACUUCGCUACUCUCGACUCUCUAAGUUACCGUUCAUACCAUCGCAAAGAAGUCUUCGUGCCCUACCUGGGAAGAGGCCACCUGGACGAAAACGGAAGUUCUGGACUGAGGUGGUGAAAGAAUACCCGAUGACACUCGCCGAGGAUAGGCAGUUCAGAAUUGAUUCGCAGGAUAUGGAAACGAAUGAACUGAUUCCGUACAAGGUCUUGCAGAAGAUCGAAAGCUUGGGCAGAGCUAUGUUCAAGGACGGCACAGCUCGGCGAAGAUGCGGGUAA